AUGGACAGCUGGACUCUCCAGGGGGACAGCUACUCCUUCCUGCGCAGUGCGCCCCGCAACUUUUCUCUGUGCCAUCGUGACGGUACCCCAAACCACGUUGAAAUAUUUGACAUCAUCAACGUUCCUAGUCAGCGCAGUGUCAUCUCCGAGACCACCUGCCUGUGUGACAUUUUUGGGGACGACUGUGAUUCACCUUCCCACUCAAGCAGCCUUGCUGUUGGGACCUUUGUCCCUUCCCAGCGGGAGGUGGACGGGACAGCUGCUGCAUCACCCCUGGUGGAUGAUUUGAACGACUCGUCAGGCUCUUAUCACACUCCACAGGGCUCCAGUGAAGGAGAGGAGGGGUUUGAAGACUCAACAGAAAGGCUUAACAGCCCCACAUUGCAGAGCAAGUCUUCAGAGGGGAGGCAGUCAGAGGGUGAGGGACUGAGCUCAGGCCAUCCAGAACUUUCUAAGGAUAGUAGCCCAAAUUUAGAAUCAAAAAGCAAAUCUCCAGUACCUCAGCUUAGUGCAGCUAGCUCAUCAUCUGAAGUCCUUAACACUGAUUGUAGUGAAAGGACACCCUCUCCUGGACAGAACAAAACGUAUUCCCUCAAUCCAGAGGGGAGAGUGUCAUCCUUGUCUUCAUCCUCAGUUGAAAGGAGACAUUCACCCUCGUCUCCUAGUCCAAAACAAGCUUGUUUAGAAGCUGAAGCAAGGAGAAUCACUCCUAGAUUGAAAGACAGACAUAAUAGCCCCUCACAUCAGUCUUUAACUCAAAGUCCUUCCCCUGAGCCUAGAAACUGUGCAAGCUCAUCUUCCUCUGAAUCAGUAAAUACCCAAUCAUUACCUGAGGUCAGAGGAGCACGACCUUUACCUGAAUCAAGGAGCAGCAACUUUAAUCAAACCAACAGUCCCUCACCUGGGGCCACAUCUAAAGAUUUUUCUCUAGAUUUACUAUCACCGACCUUUGAAUCUAGAACAAGCCUUUCAUCUAGUUCGUCUUCACCCAGUUGUGCAGUGUUAUCAUCCCAGUCAAGAGAAACAUUGGUCUCUCCUGUGCUGAACAACAGGUCGUUCUCCCCUGAUACUCAAGCAUCAUCUCCUUUCCAAGAGCUAAGAGGAAGGGUCUCUCUGCCUGAUCUUUUCAGCAGAGGCUCCACACCUGAUAUAGAAGAUUCUCCCCACACUCCUGAGUUUAUUUCAGAUCCUGACAAAACUGGAAGAGAUACCACAACUACUCCUGAGAACCAAGACACAAGGUUACCAGCUGAACCUAGCAGUACUGUCUCAACACCUGCCCCUCGAUACACACCUCCCUCACCUGUGAUUUCAUUUGUUCCAUCUCCUGAGCUUAGGGAGAGUAGUGUCUCUCCUGAAUUUAAACACACAGCUCCUUCACCUGACCUGCUUAGUGCUGCCUCUCCAGCUAAGACUGGGACAAGAACUCCUGGCCCCUCACCUAAAACAAGACACAUUUCAACGCUUUCUGAAACCAGUAUCCAGGUGUCUUCACCUGUGGUAAAUCAGAGUUUAUCUCCAUCCCCUGAAAUUAGGAGCAACAGCUCUCCCAGAGAGAACAGAAAUACUGCUUCCUCUCCUGAAAUCAGGAUUACAGAAUCCUCACCUGAGGUCAGUAGGAGAGAGCAGGCUUCUGAGGUGGAGACAAUAUCAGACUCUCCUCUCCUAGAUCCUCAUUUAGAAUCUGCCUCAUCAAGAAGAAUCACUUCGUCCCCUCAUAUCACAGGGAUUUCUUACACUGUUGUUCAGCCUGAGGACAGGGACACUUCCCCAUUUCCUGAGCUCUAUCAUCUCUCCACCCCUGAGCCUGAUAGGACACGUGUGUCCCCUCAAGAGAGGAGCCCUACCCCAAGCAGAGACAGUGCACAGAGCAGUAUAGCAGAGUCCUCUGGUACACCACGAGACUCACCUCAUAUAUCAGGCUUCACAAGUUCUGUCCUACAACCUGAAACUCUGUCGCAUCAACCAAGGUACCAAACACCUUCACCUCGGCUAGAGCACCACGCUCCCUCACCUGAGCCAAGAUAUCAGACCCCUUCAUCUGGCAAAUAUCAGAGUCCCUCACCUCAGCACAGAAGUAGAGAUCCAUCACCUGUUGCCCCAUCUCCAGAGCAGAGGUAUCAGCAGCAUUCGCCACCAACCCUCCCCACAGAGUAUAACCCUCAGUAUUUACAGCCUACUCCUCCUCCACUCAAUACACCUCUUUCUGAGAACUCAAGUCAAUUGUCAACCAAACUUGGACGUAAAAAUAAAGAUAGGUUCACAGAGGACAUGGCCCACCAUGUAAACAGGAGAAGAACUCCCUCUCCCCCACUUACCAGGUUUACACCGGUACACAUAAUUGCCCCUGAGAAGCCAUAUAGACAGUGGCAGAACAGAGGUCGUAGCCCCCCUCAGGUUGUUGCAUCCUCACAGAGUGGUAAUUUAAAGAAAGUGGUGACAAAUAGGGAAAGCCCCAAUGUUGCCCCUGCUGACAAUAAUAGCCUGGCCCCCUGGGUCAGGCAAGGAAAGCAACUGGAGAUGGAAAGGGCAAUGCAGCUAGAGGAGGACAGAAAAAUAGGUAGAGAGAGGCAAAGGGAUGGGGAGAUGGAGAGAGAGAAAAAGAGGGAGGAGCGGGUGCCUGAAAAGGGGGAGGGCUGGCAAGGGGACGCCAGUUACAGAGGGGAACAGGUUGAGCUGUCAUUCAAUGCCAGGAAUAGAAAAGGGCCUGCGAGUCGCAGUACAGCUCCCACAAGCAGAGAGACCCGUCAGGGACUGCCAACAGUGCAUUCCUAUUCAGAGAGCUUGCUUGCCAACAGACAGCUACAGCAACAACAGAGUCUGCUUAGACUGGCUUCCCAGCAAGACACCCGGGGUGGUGGUCCUAGCAGGCGGCUUCAACCACCUGCACUGCAGAACAAGAACAGUGCUCGUGUGGUCGCAAACAGGCUCUGCCAGAGUUCGAGCUCCAGCAUGGGAAGUGAGUUUGAUGACGCAGAUAAUGAGGUUAAGUGGUUUACAGACUUGGCUUUCAGUAGCCUGUCAAGCCCUGAGGUAGAUUACCUUGACAUGUACAACUCCAGCCACCGGUCAUCUACCAACAUCUCUCAGCCAUCUACUCAGGAGAGCCCAGCCGGGGUCAAUGCUGCCUGGCUGGCCUAUGCUGACUUAAGGGGUUCUGCUCCAAAGCUGGACAAUGAUGAACUGUCAUUCCAGCAACCAUCUACACACUAUUCGGAUGGUCUAGAUCCAUCAAGGCGCUAUGAGAUGGGCAGUUUUGAGUGUGUAGAUGUGGCUGUGGAAAGAGAGGAAUCCACGAGGGUCAGAAGAGGAGUGCCAAAGAGACAGAUCCAGCUGAAGAGGAAGAAUAAUGCUGAAGGAAAGCAGGAUGAAAGCAGUGACAAUAGUAGUCCAGGGAUUCCUGUGAUGGUGGAUAGUCCCUCUCUAGAAAGUCAUUCCAGAGAGACAUUGCUGAGACAACAUAGCACACCAGCAGCAAUGCAAGAAUGCUGCCCAUCUGAGCACAGUCUGGAGGCCAAUCAACAAAAUGAAAGAAAAUCAAAACUCCAAAAAUCUGCUUCUCUGGAUGAAACCAAGACCAAGAUGGCCACUUGCCUCAUCAAGAGUGUGUUGUCUAAGAAGAUGCAAAGUGUUGAUAAACAACCUGACGAGCAGGUGGGAGAAGAAGUGAGCCCCACUUUUGAGGAAAACAGCUUACCAAUUGAGAAUGCAGUUGAACCACUUAAAGAGUCCCCAAAACCCAAUGCACAUAACCUGAGUUCACCUCUUUAUUCAGAUUAUAGUCUUUCAUCUGAUUGUCAUGCUAUGAGAGGAGAACAAAGCCCAAAGGAGGAAGCCAGAUCAUCAAAAAGCUUUGCAGUGAAAUCCAAUAACAGGCCAAGUUCAAGCAGCAGCAGCAGCAGAAGUGUUAACUUUUCAAGGACUGACAGCGAAGAGGCUGAUUCUCAAGACAGGAAUGCAACCUUGUUAAGAUCUGAAAUAAAAUCAGAACUGAAAGUGCCAUUUGAUAGUAAACUGUCCAGAACUGGAGUUCAACGAGCAGGUGAGAGUAAAACAUGGGAGGAAAUGGUGGAUGGUGACUCAGCAAAUACCACUGCCGGGAACACAGGAGCUCCUUCUGAUACUGGAGUCCGUAGCACGCAGGUCAGAAUGACAGACAGAAACAGAAACCAGGAAUGUGAAAACACAGUGGACCAUAAAAAACUGCAACAGGGUGACGAGAGCCCCUACAUGUCAAAAACACAGGAGAUUUCAUUCAAAGCUGUGGAGAAAAAGAAAGCCUCUCUCAAUGUUUGUCUUACACCCGAGGCAGAAAACAAACUGGAAGCUUCUUCACCAAAUAUGUCCUUCAGACAAAAGGAGGAAAGAGUAGAGACCAACGUGGAUCUGAAAACAGAGGAAGAAGAUGGAAAUGGGAAUAGUAAAGUUAAAGUCCCCAUCCACAAAGUAAGAGAUGUCAGGCGACUUGUGAAAAAUACUUAUAAUCUUUCUUUUAAGGCAACCAGUUCUGAAAGGAAGGAAGACAUAAAAGAGGAAAUGAGGGAUGAGGUCAUAGAGGAGGAGCAGAGGGAGAUAAGGCAAGAGGAAACCAGGCAAGAGGUCAUAGAGGAGGAGGAGGUGGAGGUAAGGCAAGAGGUAAGGAGGGAGGAGUGUCUGGACGAAAGAAAAGAGGAGUUUAUAGUGGAGAGGAAAGAGGAACAGAAAGUGGAGAUGAAAGAUGAAAAGCCGCUAACCUUAUCUCUGCAGAGCAAAGCAAAGUCUCCAUCUCGUUUGCAGCCAAUGCAAAUAGAAUACAAGGCAGUUUGCUGGAAAGAAGACAAAAGUAAAGUAAUACCCAGCAGUAAAGACUCAGAGAACCCAGAUGACAAACAACAGCCAUCUCCAAAACUUAUCAUGAAGGCAAGCAGAGAACAAGAGAAUUACUCAGAUACAAAGACACAGAACAGCACAACAGGGGAUGCAACCAUUAUCAAGCCCUGUCAACAAAAUUUAAAUGUGGAGGGAAAAACACAAGAGACUAAAACAGAGACGUAUAAAGUGCCACACAGUGAGGACAAACCUUUGGUGGUUAGAACUGACCGAAAACCUCCCAUGCUCGGAAGCCUCCCCAAACUACCAAGUAAGGAAAGAGAGGUGUCCACUGCUGUUGUGUUGAUAAGGGAUGCAUCCAGCAAGUCUAAGACAUCUGUAUCUCCAGCCCAGGAAGAGGUUCCCACUUCACCACAGGCCCCAGCUACUUCACCAUCACCUGGGCCCAUGACCCCUGGCAGCACCUCUGGCAGCAGUGGCCACACAGUUUCCAUGUUAUUAAAGGAGAAAGGCUACCAAGCUGACAUUGGAGCAGUGGUGGGUGAUGGCCAGAAUGCAGCUGGAGGGAAAGGGGCUCCACGUAAACAUGUAAACAGCCUGGAGAUCCCCCUUCAGACCACCAUGCCCUCAGAUGGAGGUUGGAUCGAGUCUCACAGAGAUAGGACAUUCUCCACCUCCUCCACCAUGUCUGGCCGCUCAGCAGUGUCUGACCACACAGAUACUCUCACAAAGACCAGAGAAGAAGAGGGUGCUAGUGUAAAGCCCACAGUAAAGGAUGCAGCAAAGCAAAAAAGUGCUUCUCCACAAAGGACUACGCAAGACCAAGCACCACUUCCCAUCAAACAGAAGGAACAAGGAGAUUUUGAAGCAGUGAAAAGACUAGAUCCAACUUUCCCUCCAAGAUCCCCUGCAAUAAGGAGAUUAAGACCUCAGCCAAUUGAGGUUAAGUCUCUGUCUAAAGAAACAGAGAAACAAGAGAUACUAACAAACAACACAGGAACCAACAGGCCACAAACUAUUGAAGUUAAAUCUAUAGCUAAAAAUUCUCAAAAGCCAGUUGUGCCUCCAAAACCAAGCUGCAAAUUCAAACCAUCAGAUUUAGGAGGAAUGCCAAAUGAAGCACAGCGACCAACAGUGACAACAUCAGCUGCAAAACCUCAAAGCGAAGAGAGGUCUCAAACAAUCGUAGUGUCCUCACCAACAAUCUAUAGAAAGAUCUCCAAUGAGUCUACGUCAACAUCAAACUAUACAAGAAAACUAGCUGUGUCUGCUGUAUCCAGCCUCAAACCUCCACCAAGCAAAACAACAGCAACCACCAUCUCUAGUCUUUCAAAUCAGUCAACAGUACCACCAGACACAGAGGCAUCUAAUGACAGGGGUCAGCAGCAACAGCCAGGUGCCUCGACUCAGACCUCUAGAUAUACACAAAGACCCACAACUUUAGCCACAACUCCAAAAUUAGCCCUUGUCCCAGGCCUAAACUCAGCUCCAGCUCCAGUUUCUGACCCAACAGCAAACCAAGUCCCUGGACCUGCCUUAGCGGGAGCCAGACAGGCAAGCCAAUCAGCUGUUGUGGAUCCAAACAGCCAGCCACAGUAUUCCAGGACGGCAUACCCUCAUGAACAAGCUAUGCCAGUAACAUCAAACAAUCCAAAACCACCUGCUGCUGUAUCUAUAACACAAGCACCAGGAUACACACACCAGCCAUACAGAUCACUGUCCAGUGAGCGCUCUCAAAGGACUGAUGACCUGCGUUUUUAUGCCUCAGAUGACCCACCAAGCUACGAUGAAAGAGAGAGCUUCAGUCCUCUUAUGCUGCCAGAUUUGAACCCCAGGAGAUCAAAUCGCUAUCAACCGUCAUCUCGCCUUCCUCCUUGUUCUUGCACAGCUGGCUGCCCCUCCCACCCUGGUCUCCCCCCUUCUCACCAUCACCGCAGCCCCCACAACGUCACCCCUCCUGCCCCUCCACACUCCCCUGGCCAGGCACUACCUUACCCAGUCACCCAGCCUGCUCUCCGUCCCCACCAGUGCAGACCUGAUCCUCAGCCAAUGAGUUUCCAGCCCAGCUCUCCUAAGUCAAGUCCUCUUAGUUCAGGCCAGGCACCAGCCAUGUACCAGCCUCUCCACCAGCCUCCUCCCUGUCCUCCUCACCCUUCACUCAUGCAGUCCUGCCCUGCUGAUCGCCCCAUGCAGCCAGCCCAGCAUAUUGACCCCCGGCGCCCCUCUGCCCACAGAUCCCCUCAGCAGCAGCCACUAGGCAUAGCUGGGGCUCCCUAUAGUGAUCCUGGCCACAGCCACUCUCCUGGCCUUCCCUCUAUGGACCCCCAGUACCUGUGUGGCCCUCAAACCCUGGGGCCAUCCUAUGGCUCUGAGUAUGGGGGUGACAGCUCCAGUUUGUACUCAGAGAGCGGGUAUGGACAGACACCUCGUAGAGUGCUCCUGGAUCCUGAGACAGGGAAGUAUUUUUAUAUUGAGGUGCCUAUGCAGCCACUUAGGAAAAUGUUGUUUGACCCAGAGACUGGCCAAUACGUAGAAGUGCUCAUCCCCCAGCAAGCAAUGUCUCACUCAGGUCUGUACCCUCCUUCAGCAGCCCCCUACCCAUCUCUCCACAACCCCAGUAUGUAUGCCACUGGUCCGCAGUACAUGCCUUAUGCAGCUCCUCCUCCCACAGCACACCCCCAAACUCAACCCCAACCACCCCGAUACCCCGAGGCUUCUGCUGCAGCAACAAUGCACCCAAAUGGGCCAGGCGUCAGCUACAGGAAUUCCUCUGGUCAGGGAUCCAAGCCAGAGCUCCAAAACCAUCCACCACUGGACCAGAGCUACCUAGAGAGUAUGUAUUAUGUUCCUACUGGGAUGAAUGCAAGCCCCAAUCCCACCCCACCAGACUAUUACCACAAACAUCCCCCUAACCUGCCCCCAACAGGGGGGAAAAGGUCCUGAAAUAGAGGAUUGAGGCUGUCUUCCUGGAGCCUGUUGGGUUUUAAAUACACAGUAUAUAA